UGAGAGCGGGGACUGGGGCUGUGAGAGGGAGAGGCUGGUCUAGCUGGACCCAAGUGCGUGAGGCUGGCCCGGGGAAAGGGAUGCGAGUCGACAAGUCGACAAGGGAUGAGAGAGACGCGGCCUGGGGUGGGCCGGAGGCAUUCUCAGGACGCCUUGGCAAGGUCUGUGGCUUGUUGACCGACUGCCGACGUCUCCCUGAGUGACCGGGCCGGAGGGAAGACAGCAAAGCUGGAACUUGGCAGCCGCCGCCGUGGAGCUGUGCUCGAAGCCCACGGACUCGCAGCACCGGCCCGCACCGGCCCGCACCGGCCUCGUUCUCAGGAGACCCCCCCCCCCCACUGCCGCCCCUCGAGCUUCUCCGCUUCACCAACUCCUGUAACUCUUCCCUAGCCCACCUCAGUUUAGAAGCCCAAGUCGGCUCCCCCGGUGCGCGACCUUCCCCGUCUGUCGCUCCCGAACUCUCGCCGAGUUCUUACUUCGUUCGGGAGGCGCGAGCAGGAGACCCAGUGUUCGGCACUUGACUUCGGUUCGGGUUGGAAAUUUGUAGUGUGGUGUUCCAGGGGCGGGGCAGACACCGGGAGCUUCUGGAAGGACAGCGGCGGUUCUAGGGGAGAUUAGCCGGCGCUCGCUGCACAGAGGCUUUUUGUUGUCUUCAGCCAAACGUUGGCUUACCUUUAGAGUCCGCCAACGUUUUGAUCUGGGGCGCUAAAUACGAUGAUUUACCUGAGGUGGGAGCGAAGCGGACAGAUUUUUCUGUUCUCUGCAACUUCCUGGGGAUACUCUAAACAUCUACUCUAGAAAUGCAGUUUUUUAAGGUCAUUUUCUCCUUCCUUAUUGAUUUGCUGUCCUGAAAAGGUACUGUCUCAGAAGGCCACUUGGAACAUAUGGGAAGUCAGGCCGGCUCUGGCAAGAUUUAAAUAUGAAAAGAUACUCUCCUCUGAUAGCGCCAUUUCCCUUGACUCUAGGAUAAAACCCCUUUUACCGAGCGACUCAUCUGCAGGUGUUUCUCUAAGGGCAUGCAAAGAUAGUGUACUUAAAUCCUGGAACCCAGACACUGCUGUUAAGGAUGGCCAAACCCACUCGGAGAGGCAAUGGCACAAACUCUGAAAGCUUACGACAGCGCUUCAGAAGAUUCCAUUACCAGGAUGUGGCUGGGCCCCGGGAGGCUUUCAGCCAACUAUGGGAACUUUGCUGUGGGUGGCUAAGGCCGGAGGUGCGGACCAAGGAGCAGAUUGUAGAAUUGUUGGUGCUAGAGCAAUUCCUGACUGUGCUACCUGUGGAGAUCCAGGACUGGGUACGGAAGCAAUGUCCAGAAAAUGGAGAGGAGGCGGUGACACUGGUGGAAGAUUUAGAAAGAAAGCCUGGAAGAGCUGAACCUUCGGUCACAGUCUCUGUGAAGGGGCAGGAAAUGCACUCGAAGAAGAUGACACCCCUGAAAUCAUCACAGGAGUUAUUAAGUGUUCUGCAGGAGUCAGUGGAACCCCAGCCCAAGGGUGUAUCCAAGAAAGAGAGGGCAAGAAGGCCAGCCCUGAGACUACAGGAACAGAUGAACCCAAAGGAGAAUCUCAAACCUUUUCAAAGGAGCGGAUUUCCAUUUCCUAAACCCAAUGUGGUGUCCAGGUUGGAUCAAGGAGAGCCAUGGAUCUCAGAUCUGCUUAGCUCCAAGGAGAAGGAUGUCCCAAAAGGCAACAGUACAGGAACCAGUCUAUUACCAUCCAAGAGAGAGAAAACCGGCUGGGUGGAACAGGGUCACUGGGUAUUUGAUGAUGAGAAGGUGGUGGGUGUGCACUGGGGCUACAAAGAGACUAGAACACUCCUUGCAAUUCUCAGUCAGACCGAAUUUUAUGAAGCACUCCGAAACUGUCACAGGAACAGCCAAGUGUAUGGGGCUGUAGCUGGGAGGCUUCGUGAGUAUGGUUUCCUCCGGACCCUUGAACAGUGUCGGACCAAGUUCAAAGGCCUUCGGAAGAGCUACAGGAAGGUCAAGAGUGGUCAUCCACCUGACACCUGCCCCUUCUUUGAAGAGAUGGAAGCCCUGAUGGGUGCCCAGGUCAUUUCAUUGCCCAUUAAUGGCCUGGAAGAGGCAGCCUCCCAAUCAGCCCAGGCAGGCAGUGAUGCUGAGACGGAGGAGCCCGGGCAGAGGGACUGGCAGCAUGAAGAUGGAGAGGAGGCUAUAGCUGAAAGGUCAGACAGUGAUGACCUGGAGGCAACCCCCCAGGACCCUGGCAACCCACCUGCAUCUGUCCUGUUCCGAAGCCCAAGUGGUGUGCAUUGGGGCUAUGAAGAAACCAAGACUUACCUUGCAAUUCUUAGUGAGACUCAGUUCUAUGAAGCCCUCCAAAACUGUCACCGCAACAGCCAGUUAUAUGGAAGAGUUGCUGAGAGACUGUGGGAAUAUGGCUUCCUUAGAACCCCAGAGCAAUGUCGUACCAAAUUUAAAAGCCUACAAACCAGCUAUCGGAAAGUCAAGAAUGGCCAAGCACUAGAAACCUGCCCCUUCUUUGAAGAAAUGGAUGCUUUAGUGAGUGCCCAAGUUGCUGCCCCACCUAGUGAUGACCAGGAAAAAGAAACAGUUUCUUGCUGCCUCCAGAGAACCAGUGAGGCUGAACCUGAGAAGCAGGAUGAGGACACAGAAGAUUAUUCAGAUGAUGAAGAUGAUACUGAGAUACCUCCAGAGGCUGUUAGAAUCCGUGCCCCAGUCUUAUUCCAGAGCCCCAGUGGUUUUGAGGCUGGAUUUGAUAAUGAAGAAAAUUCAAAACGGGAUAUUUCUGAGGAAGUACAGCUGCAUAGAACAUUACUUGCAAGGUCUGAAAGGAAAAUUUCCCGUCAUGUUAAUCAAAGUAAAGCUACUAAGAAUGAAUGCUCAUCAGAAAAGUGGGAAAAGACUCAAAGAGAGAAACAAAGACAACCGGCAUUCCCAGAGAAGAGUAUAGGAAAAGUCCUGACCUAUCAGAGGCCAGACUUGGAAGACAGACCUUAUAAAUAUGUCAAAUAUGGCAAAAGCUUUGGCUCAAACUCCCAUCUCAGGUAUCAGGUCUCCCAUGAGGUAGAGAACCCAUAUAAAUGUGCUGACUGUGGGAAAAGCUUCAGUCGGAGUGCACGCCUCAUCAGACACCGAAGAAUCCACACUGGGGAAAAACCAUAUAAGUGUCCUGACUGUGGGAAAGGUUUCCGUGACAGUUCCAAUUUCAUUACCCAUCGGAGAAUCCACACAGGAGAAAAACCGUAUCAGUGUGGUGAAUGUGGAAAAUGCUUUAAUCAGAGCUCAAGCCUUAUAAUUCACCAGAGAACCCACACAGGAGAAAAACCUUAUCAGUGUGAAGAGUGUGGGAAAAGCUUCAAUAACAGUUCUCAUUUCAAUGCACACAGGAGGAUACACACAGGAGAGAGACCCCAUGUGUGUCCUGACUGUGGUAAGAGUUUUAGUAAGAGUUCUGACUUACGUGCACAUCACAGAACCCACACAGGAGAGAAACCUUAUGGGUGCCAUGACUGUGGCAAGUGCUUCAGUAAGAGCUCUGCCCUUAGUAAACACCGAGAGAUUCAUACUCGAGAAAAGCUGCUGUCAUAGUCAGCGCUUAAGCGAGCUCCUGAGGAAGGGCUUCGGCCUUUCCUGCUUUGUGCCUAGCUGGCACAAAGGAUUUUUUGCCACUUUUAUUUCUUUUGCUUCCCAGAUCUAGAUAAGGCCAAUGCCACCGGCUUCAAGAUUAAAAAGUAGAUUUUGGUCUGAUCUGAUGGUACUACCUCUCCCCUCUCAGUGCCUGUGUUGUUCCCUGAGAGAGUGGUAGUAUAUGCUGUGGAUCUCACCUAUAUCCUUCACUCACACCGUCAUUCAGUGCACGUCAAUUGGAAAACCUGUUUCAGCGGUUUUUCAAGAAGCUGUGAGGCUUGGGCCAUUUCACUCACUUAAACCUGUGUAUACUCUUCAUUUAUCUUUAAAGAGUUUAAAGUCCAUCUUGGUGCUAUCUUUUCCUAAGAAUCUGGAGCUGGGGAUCUAACUCAGUGGUAGAGCACUUGCCUAGUAUGCACAAGGCCCUGGGUUCAAA